AUGAUAACAAAAAGCAGUCUACAGAAGACGACAUUCUUAGAAGAACAUGCAGGACAGUAUGGUUACGAUGGAAAAAUAGACCGAAUACGAGAUGAAGAAUAUCCGCAGUUAAAAAAUACAAUCUAUCUGGAUCAUGCGGGCACAACGAUUUAUGCUCAGAGCACCUUUAAAGCUUUUGCCAUUGAUCUUGCUUCGAACCUCUACGGCAAUCCACAUAGCAAAUCGCCGAGCUCUAAUCUUACGGCACAAAAGCUAGAUUCGGUUCGCACUCUAGUUCUUAAUCACUUUGACACUACUCCUGGAGAUUAUCAAGUAAUAUUCACGCAAAAUGCAACCGCCGCAAUCAAACUAGUUGGAGAAUGUUUUCCAUGGACAAAGAAUAAAAGUUGGCUAAAAUAUUUGAGGGAAAGUCAUACAAGUGUCAUCGGAUUGAGAGCAUUUGCUAAAGAGAAUGAAGUCGAUUUUAGUACCGUUAAUGAAGAUGAAAUCGAGAGUAUGAUUAGAAAGAAGAAUAAUGAUCUGGCUAGCAAUUUAUGUGAAGAUAGUCAAACUGUCUAUAACCUUUUUGUUUAUCCUGCUCAGUGCAACUUUUCAGGGAUGAGAUUCCCGUUAAGUUGGACACAAGGAAUUAAGGAAAAGUUCAAUAAUGAUUCAUCUAGAGUAUUAGUCUUGUUAGAUGCAGCAUCAUAUGUUAUGACUUCACAACUGUCUUUAAAGGAUACUGAAACAUCACCAGAUUUUGUAAGUAUAAGCUUUUAUAAGAUGUUUGGAUAUCCAACUGGAAUCGGUGCUUUGUUGGUAAAAAGCGAGUUGGCACCAAUUUUGAGGAAAAGAUAUUUUGGUGGUGGAACAGUUUCAGCAGUUCUUUAUGACAUUGAUUACCAGCAAUUUAGGCCAUCUUUAUCAGAAAGUUUUGAAGAUGGAACUACAAAUUUUUUGAGUAUCAUUGCACUUUCUCAUGCAUUUUCUACAUUUAUAGCCCUUUUUACUUCAUUUAAUCAAGCUACCUUGCACACCUCAUCACUUAUUUCAUAUCUUUAUACUCAAAUGUCUUCAUUAAAGCAUUACAAUGGGUCACCUGUUUGUAAGAUCUUUAGUACUAGGGAUUUUAACAAUCCAGUAGAGCAGGGACCUGUGUUGAAUUUUAACCUUAAAAAAGCUGAUGGGUCAUGGAUAGGGUUUUCAGAGGUAGCAAGGUUGGCAGGUAUUCAAAAUAUAGACUUGAGAGUAGGAGGUCUGUGUAAUCCUGGUAAUGUCACCAAAUGGUUUAAUGUCAGUCAAAAAGAGUUGAUGAUGGCUUUCCAGUCGGGAAAAGUGUGUGGAGAUGACCAAGAUGUAAUCAAUGGGAAACCAGUGGGAUCAGUCCGGGUUUCUCUAGGAGCCAUGUCAACCAUUGAUGAUGUAUUGGCCUUGAUUGAUUUUGUUAAAGAAUAUUUUGUUGAAACAAGUCCUCCUGUGGAGAGAUUUAGGACUAAACACUUGUCUAAAAACAUGCAUCUGAAUCCAAUAAAAUCAUGUAAAGGGUUUUCAACUGAUCAACCAUGGCCAAUUUCUCAGCAAGGCUUGUUAUACGAUAGAGAGUGGAUGUUGAUUGAUGCUCAAUCAGGAAGAGCAUUGAGACAAACACAGUAUCCCCGAAUGGCUUUAAUCAGUCCAGCAAUCGACUUGAUUAAUAACGUCUUGGUUAUCAGUGCACCUGGAUUACCUUCUCUUACAAUGCGACUAAAUGAACUUUCUAAUUUUGAAGUGGAAUUGCGUGAAUCAAGAAUUUGUGGUGACAAAAUUAAUUCGCUAGAAUACACUUCGCUCGAAAUAACAUCGUUUUUCUCUAAAUUCUUAAACGUCUCUUGCUAUCUUGCAUGCCAAUCAUCGUUCUCACGACGUUAUAUCAAAGAGAAACUUAGCUCAUCAGCAAAUGCUCCGUUGUCGUUAUCAAAUGAAAGCCCAUUUCUGCUGGUUUCGCAAAAUAGCUUUGAUUGUUUAAAGAGUCAGAUCGGAUCUGAAAAGGAACAAGUGAUAGAUUUGAGAUCAUUUAGAGGAAACUUUGUUAUAGAGGGGGCCGAAAGGGCGUAUGAAGAAGAUGAUUGGAAACUUUUAAGAAUUGGUGAGCAAUUUUUUGAGCUUCUUGGUCCUUGCACUCGUUGUCAAAUGAUAUGUAUCAAUCAAGAUACUGGUGAGCGUACCCGCGAUCUUUAUUCAAGUUUGGUAAAGUGCCGAUCUACAAAUGGUAAAAUCAAAUUUGGUCAACAUAUGGUUCAUGUCCCAAAGCUUUCAAAGGCCCCAUAUGUUAUUUCUUCUGGUAUGGAAGCGGAAAUUCUAGAACUGAGGAAGAUCGAGUAA